CUAAUCUUUUACAUGUCGCAGAUUUUAACUUCGAUUUAUCUCCAUAGCUGUUUAUUUCCCAUUAAAUUUCUUCAUUCAAAGGUCGACUUUAGACACAACCAUGAGGCUGCUCGAGGUGAAAUAAAUCAUUGGGCAUCGAACGCUACGCACCAGAGAAUAAAGGAACUGUUCCCCCAAGGUACCAUUGAUCAAGAUACUAGACUGGUUCUUGGAAACGCGGUGUUUUUCAAAGUAAUUAGUGCUACAGGAGUUGAGUGGUUUCCAUUUUCUUCAUUGCCAAUUUCUUUUUGUUUCAGAUUUGAACUUCUGAUGAUGCUGCCCAAGAGCAAUGAAGAAUUUCCCGCUUUUGUUGAGGCGAUCACGAAACCGGGAGAGUUAGAAAAGGUUUUGGAGUCACCUUUCUACGAUCAGAUGGCACAUGUGAUGAUUCCUCGCUUCAAGUUGUCAAUGCUUCGAAGCUUAAACCUGAAAAACACACUGAAAAGCAUGGGUGUCACCCAUCUCUUCGAAAACGCAGAUCUGAGGAAAAUUUCAGACGACCCACUUUUCGUUUCUGACGUUGUCCAUCAGGCGGUGUUAGAGGUUAACGAGGCAGGUGCUGUCGCUACCGGUGCUACGGGCGUCGGAAUCGCCAAUCGAUCUUUACUUAGGCCUAUCGUGUUCAACGCGAACCAUGCAUUUGUGGUGGCUGUAAUUGUGGACAAGAAGUACCCGUUGUUCAUGGGUCACGUCACUGUAGCUGAAGAAUGA